CACUCGUCCAGGUGUGUUCGUGCCGACAGUCAUGGGUCUGGUUUACUCCGAGCCGGCCUGUCAAUCAGCGUACGAUGGAGACGUCCGUCAGCUGUAUCAGGUCUUGAAGAAGGAUCCGACUGACCUAAACAUCCAGGAGGAGCACAACGGGGACACCCCUGUCAUCGCGGCCUGUCGCCACGGCAACCUGAGGGUGGUCGAGUACCUGCUGAAGAACGGGGCCGACGUCCACCUGACCAAUAAGAAGCAGAGGAACUGUCUUCACUACGCGUCCAAGAGAAGUUUCUCUCUGCUGGAUUAUCUCAUGAUCGCCAUCCUGAUGCCCAUCCUGCUGCUCGGAUACUUCCUCAUGCUGCAGAAACAGAGGCAGCACGCGGCUCUGAUGAAGGCGGUCCUGACCAGCGAAGUCGACGUCAAUGCCGUCGACUACAAAGGAAACACAGCUCUUCAUUACGUCUGUCAGAGGAAAAACCAUCGUGUGGUUCCUCUGCUGCUGGAAAGGAACGCCAACGCCAACAUUAGAAAUAAAGACGGAGAAACGCCGCUGGACAUCGCCACCAGGCUGAAGUUUAAAAAGAUCAUUAUCCUGCUGAAGAAGACACACUGACAGGAAAUCAACGUCACUGUCAAUCUUAUUUUAUUGUCUCAAAUGUUACUGCAGAAAGAUUUCAAUGUGUAGAAAAACAGAGCUAACACUUAAUUAAAGGAGCAGUAUGUAACUCUGCCCCCUAGUGUUUAAAAUGUGUACUGCAGUCUAGAUUCUAAACAUCAGAGGCUUUUUAGGUCGGGUACAAUCACUUCUAUCUGAACCACUUCUCUUGCCCGCUUCCAUCGCUGCAACACCUGUUGACCUGAUAACUGCUCUCAUAUCUGACAAACCGAGGGGCGUCCAACAGUGUUUAAGAUCAAGACAAACAGCAGACAUACUGUCACAAACAGAGCUAUGCUAACAUUUACCUUAAGUCUUUGUGCUACGCUAGGCUAACAAUUGGUCACUGGUCUUGUUUUUUUUGUGUGUUUUGAGAUAAGAGAGGAGUUUACUUCUGUGUCAGUUUGCACACCAUGUUUCCACUGCAUCAGAGCAAGAAACCUUUAAUAUAAUGUUUCUCAGGCUAUUUUAUUCACCCCCAAUCAACAAGCACUUUUUUGAAGUUACAAAAGGGCUAAUUACGGCCCGAGUUAAGCUUUAAAGGUCUCAUAUUAUUCUCCUUUUCAGUAAAUUUAAAUAAGUCUCAGAGCUCCCAAAACAUGUCUGUGAAGAUUCUUUGAGCCAUUAUUGGUAAUUCUGUUUGUUGGAAUGACCACUGGGUGGCACUGUGAGCCCAGGGAGCUAAAUGGUAUUUAAAAGAUGCUGAUUAGCAGCAGGUGUUGUGCACAAUUGGAGGUCAAUGGUUUUUGACUGUGGCACAUUGUGUCAAGACCAUAAAAAGCAUUUAAUUAUGUGUUUUGAGUAACCAGAUAUUUUGAUGUUAUAAAUUAAUUGAUUGACAUAUCCAACAUGAGCUUUAUGAACCCCUCUAUUUCAGCCCUGCUCAGAACAGGCUGUUUCUGUGUCUGUACCUUUAAAUAUGUAAAUGAGCUGUGUCUGACCACGCCCCCUCUCUGGAAGGGCUUGGGUGUACUCUGUGCUUUCUCGCUCCAUGUCCUAUUGUUUACGAUGAAAAGGCAGGUUAGAGAAACAUGGUGGAUUUUGUAUAUGUGACCUUUAAAGUAAAGCCGUGAAGAAGAU